AUGGUCACAGUCAACAACACCCUCAAGAACGUUAAGGCCCACAGGCAGUCGAUAUUGAAGAACUUGUGCGCCAAUUUGAUCCGCAAUGAGUAUAUAGUGACCACCUCAGCCAAGGCCCGCAAGGCACAACCCUUGAUUGAAAAAUUUUUGUCGAGGCUGAUCCACGCCAAUAAGCAGUACCCGGAAAACGACAAGAGGCCGGUGACAAAGCGGAUUAGCGAGAUUGCGAUUUUUGGGUAUUUGCAAAAUGCCGACCGCACUGAAGUUGGAACCAAGGUGAUCAAGGAGUUGACUUCGAGGUACAAGAACAGAACGCAAGGGUUCACCCGUGUUAUCAAGUUAGAGCCUAGGCUAGGCGAAGACAAGGCCUCGAUGAGCGUGUUGGAGUUGGUGGAUUCCAAAUAUGAAAUCAAGUUUUGGUUCACUGCCAAGGCCGUGGCCAAGUUGGAGCUUCAACAAAUCCCCUUGGACGAUGUCACCGAGUUGAAUGUGCGCAAGCUAACUGAACGGAGAAUCGACGGGGAGCAAAAGUUCAGGGAUGCUGUGGAGACUUGCAAGCGUGAGUUUUUCAAGAUGGGCGUCGACGCGGAGGGGAAUCAGGUGAUGGAUGACGGUGUAGAUGAAAAGUUGAAGUUGCUGUUGGAGAGUUUACCUAACAUGAACCGACACGUUGGAAACUUGAAGGGCAAAUUGUUGGUUUCUAAGAAAUUCAAGACCAAGCUGAGGCCCCAGAGAGCAGAGGUGCAAAUUCCCCAGAGUCCGUUUUUGAAACAAACACAAAUGUGA